UUUUUCAUGCAAAAUGUGUUUUACAGAUGAUUAUUUCUAUUUCAUUUUUGUAUUUCUUACUUGUUAUAAUCAUUCUUGUAUUACUUCCAAUCCCCAACACUCUCAUUAGCCUACAAUUUCCUUUUCAUUUUUCAUUGUUAUUUUUGUGUUGUAAACAAUCAAUAAUUGCAUGGUAUUUCUUUCCUUAUAUGUGUUUGUGUUUGCCCUUUUAUUAGAUAAAUUAUGUUUUAUUAUCUUCCCAUUAAAGUUGUUAAAUGUUGGCAACAAAAUCUAAUUACUUGGGAAGGGAGCAAAAUGUUAAAGCUUGCAAGAAGUUUGUAGCACGUAGAAAGCUACUAAUGGAAUUAGGAAUUCAAAUAAUAGGAGUAUACCGAUUUUGCGAUCGAAGUUUUAGUUCUUCUUAUAAUUGUUUCUAAUUGGGAUGUAUUUCGCAGACUCAGGAAUCUAUUCUAUUAUAUGUGGCAGAUAACUUUCAUAGAACGUGAAAUAUUGUGUCUUCAAAUUAAUUAUUAUUAUAGCGUUGCACUAGAUAACUAAGUAUGAUACUUACCUGAUAGAAUUUUUUACCCGAAAGAAUUCUAUGUGUUUGAGAAUACAACAAUUUCAUGUCUGAAGGUUGCCUUUUUCUUUUCGGUGCUAGAAUCCCUCAUUCUCUCUCUUUCUGUCCUUUGUGAAGGUUUGUAAUAGAGGUGCAAAGGUGUUAUUUUUUGUUUAAUAUCUGAGGACUACAACAGUUGCAUGACCAAAGGCUGCCUUUUUUCUUCCCAUUUUCCUCCUCUUUUUGCUUCUUUUAUUCUUGCUCCUCUUCCUUCUGCAUUUUCUUUUGGGCUUUUCACAUGUUACACCCUGAAAGAUGUUAAAAUUUUCACUUUGUGUACCCUAAAAAAUAUGGAGAAUCUGAAUACAGAAUGAAUACAAUGUUAUUGUAUUACAAUCUCCGACGUGUUAUGAUUGGUAUAUUCAGUAUGUCAUGUUCCUUUACAUAUGUUGUCUGUUACCUUCUUUUUGGCCGCCCCUGGGGGAUUUUUAUCAGGUUGUCCAUUGACGCAUGUUCUUUCUGUAUACCAUGGUGCAUUGAUUUGUGACUAAAACAUUUUGAGUUGCUAUGCAGAAGAAGCAGUCUUGGCCAAAUCAAUGUCCAUUAUCUCCCGAUCAUUUGAGGAUCAAAAGUGAACCCGAGUAUAUGACAAUCCUUAGUGAUGGCACUGAUGUCUGGGAAAUCAAUCCUCAAUAUUUGGUACUUGAGAGCAAAAUUGCAUCUAGGUCAUAUGGUGACUUAUACAAGAGUACGUACCGUAUGCUGGAAGUAGCCAUCAAAUUCCUGUAGUCUGAUUGUGUAAGUUCAGACAUGCAAAGAGAGUUUGCACAAGAAGUGUAUAUUAUGAGGUUUGUUGAAUUCUAUCGCUGUUGCCUUGAGCUGCACUAUCUGCGUUAGUUAUAGCCUUCGAAGGAUCUAUUCAACCUACAUCUGCUGUCCGAAUGUUGUUUUGUCAUCGUGUUAAUCAAUGCAUUUUACUUUUUAGUUAUUCAUUUGUUCAUUUUGUGUCUGUACCAAUGCAAAAUGAAUGGUGUGGUGUAGAAGGGAGGGCCUACAAUCGUGAGGUUAAAUGCAAAAAGGUUAGGUCUAUAUAACUGACUACUCCUCCCCGGACCGUUGAAUCAUGAGAACAAAAAUGGGUAAUGUUGGCAGUACCUAGAUGUUUGCAGUGAAUUUGCUUUUCAUGAAACCAGAGAGAGAGUUGCUUCUAAUUUUCAUUCCUAAUUCUUAUUUCAUGUCUAUUAUGUGUCAACACCCCCAAACAAAAAAAAAAAGCACUAUAUGUACUCAUGCUCUCUCUCUCUCUCU